AUGUUCCCAUGCCAUCACUGUGGAAAAAAGUUUUCACGUACCGAUCAUUUGACGCGUCAUAUUAAGAUUCAUACAGGUGAAAAACGGUUCUCAUGUGAACAUUGUGAAAAAAAUUUCAGCGAUAAAAAUCAUUUAGUAACACAUAUACGAACACACACACGGGAGAAACCGUACUCAUGUGAACACUGUGGAAGUAAUUUCACACGCAAAAGUAUUCUAAUAACACACAAAAGGACACACACAGGGGAAAAACCAUUUACAUGUAAAUAUUGUGGAAAAAUAUUCAAUCAAAAACCCAAUUUAAAACGUCAUAUAAGGAUACACACUGGAGAAAAACCAUAUUCUUGUGAACAUUGUGGAAGUCAUUUCAGACAAAAAGAUACUUUAAUAUCACACAUAAGGACACACACAGGGGAAAAACCAUUUUCAUGUGAACAUUGUGGAAAGAAUUUCAGUGAUAAAAGUCAUUUAAAACGUCAUAUACGAACACACACAGGGGAGAAACCUCAUUUAGUAACACAUAUACGAACACACACAGGGGAGAAACCGUAUUCAUGUGAACAUUGUGGAAAGAAUUUCAGUGAUAAAAGUCAUUUAAACUGUCAUAUACGAACACACACAGGGGAGAAACCGUAUUCAUGUAAAUAUUGUGGAAAUAAUUUCAGUGAUAAAAGUCAUUUAGUAUCACACAUAAGGACACACACAGGGGAGAAACCGUAUUCAUAUUUUUGA